CGACUCACCGGCCUGUUGCUGGACAGGCUGCCUGACAGGCUGCUGCACUCGCCCGCCGAGCAGAGCAGCACCACCUUUCAUCCUCCAGAGGAGCUGCCUGAACGGCCAACGUUACAUCCGCAGUUAAGCGAACAAAGCAGGGACUCAAUACAGCUAUGUCCGAGGAAGGUGAAGGAACGAGGCCUGCAGACGAACAGCAGGAAAUGGAGGAGAAAGUCAUCAGUCCAGAAAAAGCAGAGGAGGCCAAACUGAAGGCCAGGUAUCCUAACCUGGCAACCAAGCCUGGAGGCUCAGACUUUCUGAGAAAAAGACUACAGAAGGGGCCAAAGUAUUUUGACUCUGGUGACUACAACAUGGCCAAGGCGAAAAUGAAGAAUAAACAGUUGCCAUUGGCCCCAACAGAGAAGUCCGAGAUCACAGGGGGGCACAUCCCAACACCUCAGGACCUGCCUCAAAGAAAGACAUCAAUUGUGACCAGCAAACUGGCUGGUUAAUACUUUUAUGUUUACUGUUUUGUUACCAUUCCAACCCCCUCUUCACAUCUACCUGCUGUUUACGUUUAUUUCUCACUUUUAUAUGUAUUAUCUAAGAACACGUUAUGUAACAAGUCUAAUUCAUGAGAAAAAUUGGCCGCUGUCAAUUGUCAGUGAGUUAUAUCCAACUAGAAGUUGUAGGUGAAAAUAUUUCUCAAGAUCUUAAAAAGACCGAAUAGUGAGCGAGUAUAAAAAUUAUUAUGAAUAUGAAUGGAAGUCAAUGCUAUCUUAUUCUCACAUACCGUUUUUUCAAUUUUAAAGAUACAUGCUUCCAUAUGAUUUGCCUGUUUAACAGCAGCUGAAGAGCCUGUGCAGAGGAAUCUUGUUCUGCCAUGUUACUAAUAAUUACAGAGGCACCAAUACUUAUGAGUUAUGACCACAGACAGUUUGCAUUGGUGCAUGUGUGAAAUAGAAUUGUGAUUUACAUAUAUGCCUUUCAGUUUGAAACGGUUUUUAGUAUGCAAUUGCUCACAUGGAGGCAUGUCUGUUUAAAUAGUAAAAAGUGACGUAAUCCUGCUUUUUUGUUUUCUAAUCCUCGAUUGAUUGUGUCCCUUCCUCUUUCUAUAAAGCUGUUUGAUUUUGUGCUUUCAAAGAAUUGAAAAUUUGAUCACACACGCUUUGUAGCCAGUUGUAUUUUAAUUCAUUUAGAGACAUUGGUUUGCAAGGACUUGCUGCUGGUUUCCAUUUCAUCCUGACCUCUAAAAUGGCCUUAAAAGUAAUGAACCGUUGUUCCUCUUGAGCAAUAUUUGCUCCCUCAGUGAGAAUCUUCGUUAUGAAUUUUGCCUGAAAUGUCUGUUACUGUCUGACUGGAAUCACUUACGAUUUUAUGGAAAGAAACUCCCAUGACAUGUCUGGAGUGUGCAUGUGCAUUUACUGUGCAGUCACACUGUGCCAUUUGUUUUGUAAAUAAAAUAGUUUUGCAUAAUA